CUUGUCAAACUUAUUCCAAAUAGAGACUAAACAAUAUUGAGACCGAACAUUGAGUUCCUUGAGACGUUCACCUAUCGCGCCGUCCUGUAUCACCCCGUGCAGGAUCCCCGUUGCCGCCUCCAGUCCGCUACCUAUUCCCCUCGAUCCCGACAUCCAUGGUCCAACGAAAAGACAUGGCUUCGCGGAAGAAAGUUCUCUUGAAGGUGAUCAUUCUCGGCGACAGCGGCGUCGGGAAGACCUCGUUGAUGAACCAAUACGUCAACAAGAAGUUCAGCGCCAGCUACAAGGCCACGAUCGGCGCCGAUUUCCUGACGAAAGAGGUCCUGGUCGAUGAUCGGUUGGUGACUAUGCAGAUUUGGGAUACGGCAGGCCAGGAACGCUUUCAGUCGCUUGGCGUAGCGUUCUAUCGAGGGGCCGAUUGCUGUGUGCUCGUGUACGAUGUUAACAAUUCGAAAAGUUUCGACACACUGGACAGCUGGAGGGACGAGUUCUUGAUUCAGGCAAGCCCUAUGGACCCUGAGAGUUUCCCAUUUGUUGUUCUGGGCAAUAAGAUCGACGUCGAGGAGAGCAAACGAACAAUAUCAUCCAAGCGAGCGAUGGCAUUCUGCCAGAGUAAAGGGGGGAUCCCGUACUUCGAAACCAGCGCCAAAGAAGCCAUCAAUGUGGAGCAAGCCUUUGAAGUGAUCGCCCGGCAAGCUCUCGCACAAGAGGAAGCGGGCGACUUCAACUCGGAUUUCCCCGACACCGCCAUUGCACUAAACCUGGAAAGCGAGCGUGACGGAUGUAACUGUUGAUGGAGGGUUCAGCCUAGAGGUACAGAGAGAUGCGGGUGUUCUAUUGACGGGCACCGUUCUUGCGGUACAUGUGAAUUGCGUUCCCUAAAUCAUUGCAUUGGAGUUCUUUUGGGUUACUUUAUACCAGGGAUUUGGAAUUAUCGUCGUCUUUCCCUCCAGCGAGACCUCAUGAGGUGGUUCAGGUUGUAAAUAGUCCGGGCAUAGCUCUAGUGGCUGAAGGGUCAACCGAGAUGUAGGGGAAGGAUACUCAUAAGUGAUAAUAGUCUGAACUAUGGUCCAUCCUUUGAUGAUCUGGAGCCCGGCAUCAUUAAUGUUGGGUGCACGAAUGGUGAUGGUAAAAGCCGCAGCUCUGAUCCAAG